GGGUUUGAUUUUGGGUUUUUCUAUUCAAAAUGUCAUCCCUAACCUAGUGUACUACCAUAGGAAAUCAGUAGUGCGAAAAAACAAGAGUUCUCCGUCAUAAUGAAGGCCGGCUAGUGAAAACUCGGGCACCCGGCGGGAAACAUUUCUAGGGUUUUUACUUUUUAGUAACUCUACGCAAUCGCUUCGCCUUGUAUCUUAAGUCUGUUUACUGUUGAGGGUAGGUUGUGUUCACCUGAAGAAUGGCGUCAACUGGACAGAUACAAUCGUGGGCCAAGAGACCUAACUCAGCAUCAACAAGAGAAGCAGAUCGGCUCAUCAUUACCCCUUUAGGGGCGGGGAGUGAAGUUGGGCGGUCCUGCGUCUACAUGUCUUACAAAGGAAAAACAGUUCUGUUCGACUGUGGGAUUCAUCCGGCUUAUUCUGGCAUGGCUGCAUUGCCAUACUUUGACGAAAUUGACCCUUCAACUGUUGAUGUUCUUCUAAUUACCCAUUUUCACUUGGAUCAUGCUGCUUCCCUCCCAUAUUUUCUAGAAAAGACCACAUUUAAAGGGAGAGUUUUCAUGACCCAUGCUACCAAGGCAAUUUAUAAGUUGUUAUUAUCAGAUUAUGUUAAAGUGAGCAAAUUUUCUGUUGAAGAUAUGCUAUUUGAUGAAACUCACAUCAACAAAUCCAUGGAUAAAAUUGAGGUGAUUGACUUCCAUCAGACAAUGGAAGUAAAUGGCAUCCGUUUCUGGUGCUACACUGCCGGCCAUGUUCUUGGUGCUGCCAUGUUUAUGGUCAGUAUUGCUGGUGUUCGAGUUCUUUAUACUGGAGACUACUCUCGUGAAGAAGACAGACAUCUUCGUGCUGCAGAACUCCCCCAGUUUUCUCCGGACGUUUGCAUUAUUGAAUCAACAUAUGGUGUUCAACAACUCCAACCCAGACACAUUAGAGAGAAACGCUUCACUGAUGUGAUACACUCAACUCUCAGCCAAGGAGGCCGUGUCCUAAUCCCUGCUUUUGCAUUGGGCCGAGCCCAAGAGCUUCUGCUUAUACUAGAUGAGUAUUGGUCUACUCAUCAAGAGCUCCAGAAGAUCCCCAUAUACUAUGCUUCACCACUUGCAAAAAGAUGUAUGGCUGUUUAUCAGACCUAUAUAAAUGCUAUGAACGAUAGAAUCCGCAACCAGUUUAUCAACUCAAACCCCUUUGAUUUCAAGCACAUUUCGCCUCUGAACAGUAUCGAGGGCUUUCAGGAUACAGGCCCUUGUGUGGUUAUGGCAAGUCCCGGCGGUCUUCAGAGUGGGCUUUCAAGGCAGCUCUUUGACAAGUGGUGCUCUGACAAGAGAAAUGCUUGUGUUAUUCCUGGAUAUGUUAUUCAUGGGACACUUGCAAAGACAAUUAUCAAUGAACCGAAAGAGGUGACCCUUACAAAUGGGCUUACUGCUCCUUUAAACAUGCAGGUACAUUAUAUUUCAUUCUCAGCUCAUGCAGACUAUAACCAGACAAGUACAUUCUUGAAAGAGCUAAUGCCGCCUAAUAUAAUUCUGGUUCAUGGAGAAGCUACUGAGAUGGGGAGGCUCAAGCAAAAGCUCACCACUCUAUUUGCCGACCAAAACACCAAGAUUAUUACACCCAAGAACUGCCAAUCUGUGGAAAUGUACUUUAGCUCUGAUAAAAUGGCAAAAACUAUUGGAAAAUUGGCAGAAAAGAUCCCUGAAGUGGGUGGAACUGUCAGUGGGUUACUUGUGAAAAAAGGCUUCACUUACCAGAUAAUGGCCCCUGAAGAUCUCCACAUCUUCUCACAACUUUCGACUGCAAAUGUUAAUCAGAGAAUUACUAUCCCAUAUUCAGGUGCAUUUGCUGUGAUUAGGCACAGGAUCAGGCAAGUUUAUGAGAGUGUGGAAUCAUCAACUGAUGAGGUUUCUGGAGUUCCAGCACUUCGGAUUCAUGAUAAGGUAGUGGUUAAACAGGAGUCAGAGAAUCAUCUUUCUGUGCAUUGGACUGCUGACCCUAUCAGUGAUAUGGUCUCGGACUCUGUUGUUGCAUUGGUUCUAAAUGCAAACAAAGAAAUGCCUAGGUUGCUUGUGGAAUCAGAACCUGACAUAAACAUGGAUGAAGAUACAAAAAAAACUGAGAAAAUUAUUCACACACUGUUGGUGUCUUUGUUUGGGGAUGUUAAAAUCGGGGGGAAUGGCAAGCUACUUAUAAAUGUUGAUGGGAACACAGCAGAACUUGACAAACAGACCGGUGAUGUUGAAGGUGAAGAUGAUGGCCUCAAUGAACGCGUAAAAACAGCAUAUAGGCGAAUUGCAAGUGCAGUGAAACCCAUCCCACUAUCAGCACCUUAAAGAAAGUGGAGCAUGAAGUACUAGAAAGAGGGAGGGGAUGAUAGCAGGCUUUAUACCAGCACACGCCAAACAUGACAAGGGAGCUCUUGCAUACAAGGGAACUG